UGUUUUCAAGUAAGUUAGUGUAGUUAAACGGUCGUGAUGGAUUGGAGACAAGUGCUUUUGGUGGUGACUUUGUCAUCGUUCAUAGAUGUCAGUGACCAGCUCUUUGGAAACGAUGAUCACUCGUACCAACUCCUCGAUCAUCUGUCUGAAUCAGAAAAGCUCUUUCUAUUUGGUGCCAAUCAUGACGAUGCAGAAUUUGAGAUAGCACAUCUGAAACAUCAUAAGCGACGUAAGAGAUCGAUAUCAAACGAUAGUCCAGACUUGAUCGCGUUGAAGAAACAUCUGAAUAUCAAUCUAAGUCCGAAAUCAAGUUUCCUAGAUCCCCAGUUCCUAUUGCUGAAGAGAUGGUCGAAUGGAACUGAAGCUGUUUUUAAUCAACAUUCGGACGAGGAAUUGGAUUCGUGUUAUUACAAAAGUGAUAAUGCUGCUUUGUAUGCGUGUGAAGAUGUGAGAGGUCUCAUAAAAACUAAUGACAGUUACUAUUAUAUACACCCACUGCCUGAAAGGUUCCACAACGAAAACGCGAAACCUCAUAUAAUUAUGAAACGAUCUUUAAAAGACAUUAAUAUUAAUAGCAAUAGUGAAGAUAUUUGCGUAGAAAGACAUAAUAAACACUUUUUCGAAUAUGAACCUGAACCAAAAAAAAAUUGGACAAAACAUAGAAGGAAAAGAGAAAUAAACUCAGAAACAAAUCUCAAUGAAAAUGAUACAUUAGAUAAAUUUAAAUUAAAUUUAGCGCAUAGGAAUAAGACUAUAGGGGAUUUUGUUGGUAAAUUAGUCAUUGAUGAAAACCGACAAAAAAGGGCAGUCCUGCCAGCAAUAUUUGUAGAAACCGCUGUGUUCGUAGAUAGAGAUCUGUACAAACAUAUGACAGUCAAUUUUCCUAAAGAAACGGAGAGAGAAUUAGUGAGAUUCGUAUUAGCAAUGAUCAAUGCUGUACAAUUGAUUUACCAUGACCCAAGUUUGGGAAGACCAGUUAAUUUUAUUUUAAAGAGGCUCGAAAUACUUCAUGAAGAUCCAGUGAAUUUAAAGAGACCGCACGACAUCGAUAGAUUUCUUAGUAAUUUCUGUACGUGGCAAAGAUUAGAAAAUCCACCAGGAGACAACGAUCCCUUGCACUGGGACCAUGCGUUAAUUUUGACGGGUCUAGAUUUAUAUGUCGUGAAUAAAAAUGGAAAAGUUAGCAGUCAAGUUGUUGGAUUGGCGCCUGUUGCUGGUAUGUGCACCGUGACCAGUAGUUGUACAGUUAAUGAAGGAAGACAUUUUGAAAGCGUUUACGUCGUAGCACAUGAAAUAGGACAUAACUUAGGCAUGCGUCACGAUGGUCCAUUAGCUGAUAACGGCUGUGAUCCUAGCGCCUACAUAAUGAGCCCAACCCUGGGCAGCGGCAAAAUAACUUGGUCACAAUGUAGCAAAAAUUAUUUGCAAAAGUUUCUCGACACAGUACAAUCUAGAUGUCUUCUUGAUCACGGCAAUUCUGCUGGACAAUUGGACCACAGUGCUGAGGGUAUACUUCCAGGUGAAAGGUUCGACGCUGAUCAACAAUGUAUGCUCAAAUAUGGAAGUGGGAGUCGACAUUCAGCGGCGCAGAACUUAGAAGAUAUCUGCAGAGAUUUGCAUUGUCAAAGGGAAAGAUACACUUGGACAUCCCAUCCCGCGCUGGAGGGCACGAUGUGCGGAGAGGAUAUGUACUGCCGGGGUGGUGAGUGCGUUGAACGAAGUGGAAGUCGAGGGUUGGGGGUGGUGACGAGUGCCCGCUGGGGACGAUGGUCGCGCUGGUCGGAGUGUGCAUCAGCGUGUCUACUGGACGAACAGCAUGUACCUGCUGCGGCUGGAGUCGCCGUCGCCUCCAGGAGAUGCACUAGACCAAGGCAUGAGAACGGUAAAAGUUAUUGUCAAGGAAAUGACAAGAAGUACCAGUCCUGUCACGCACAGCAGUGCAAAACUGUACCAAGGAUGACGGUGAGAGAAUUCGCCGAUCAAAUAUGUUCAAGAGCUCGUGACGUGGAUCCUGAUCUCAUUGGAACCGGUCUCCAGAGAAUGGAUGCUGAUGAUGCGAGCAGCGUAUGCGCAGUGUGGUGCGACACGCGGGGGGGCGGGUACAAGUCGCGCGGGUGGGCGCUGCCCGACGGCACCGCUUGUUCCACCACACGCGACUACUACUGCAUAGCCGGAGUCUGCAGGAAAUUCACUUGCGCCGGCAAUUCGGAUGCGGAGUUCUCGCUGACACGGAACGACUGCGAAUGGGAAGCUUUACAAGUUCAAACCGCUACUCCUCACACUACCGCGGCGGGCGGCGCGGCGGGCGGCGCGGCGGGGGGCGCGGCGGGGCGCGCGGGCCCGCGGCGGCGCUCGGCGGGCGCGUGGCGCGGCGCGUGCCACUUCCGCUGCGUGCGCGGCGGCGCGGGGCUGGCGCUGCUGCACGCCGCCGCGCACGCGCACUCCAUCCAGCUGUGCACGCCCGCGCCGGACGCCACCGCGAGUUGCACCCAAUUGAGGACCCCUUACCAAUACGCCACAAUGGUUUGCUCGAAAUACAAGGAGAGGGUUAGAAGACUUUCUGGACUCGGAAUGCAGAUAUCUCCGGCCCUAGAGGACCCGGACCGGCCGUGCCGCGUGGCGUGCCAGGACGAGCGCGUGUCGCACCGCUUCUACCUCGUCAACGGGCACGAGGGCUGGUUCCCGCUCGGCGCGCCGUGCGGGCCGCGCUCCUACUGCGUCAGCGGGAAGUGCCUGGAGUUCGGUCCCGACGGCACGCCGCAGCCGGAGUCGCGGCUGGCGCUGCCGCUGCGCGCGCGCUCGUCCCGCCACCGACGCCGCCGCCGCCGCCGCAGCCUGCAGCGCCCGCGCGCGCCCGUGCUGGCGUCGCUGCGCCCGCAGCAGCUGCACAGCCUCAUCGCCGCGCUCAACCUCACCGAUAACAGAAUAACAUACUUCCAAGCGAUACCGGAAAACAUCGAAGUUGAUUUCUCUAACCCCAUACACAUCUCGCCUGAAGACACUCUGCUGAGGAAGGUACCGAGACCUACUUGGGACUGAAUUAUUUUAAACAAAC